UGAUCGUUGUGUGUCUUGGAUAGCAACAUAUGGAUGGAGUGUUUGCAAAGUUUCGUCAUUUAAAACUUAAAGGACUUUAUUUUAUUAUUCGAACGUGCUUGAACCGCCGUCAAAUGUUUGACUGAAAUUACAAAUUGGAAUUGAAGAGUUCAUGUUACUACUAUUUGAUACAUAUACAUUUUACAUCCAAAAGUUGGUAUCAUAUGGGAAAAUGAGAAAUUAUAACAAACAUGGAUGUGUGACAAUUAUGGUUUGUGAGCGGAGCUUAAUUCACUUUUAACUUAGUCAGUCAAUGUGUAACCCUAGCGUUCAACCGAAAAUAAUAUCAGCUUUUAUCGUGCGUCCAAGUUUAUAAAUAGGGAUUCAUAAGCGUCGCAUCACGACAUUUAGAACACUAUUCCUGACAUAGAAUGUAGACACUGUUUAGUGAGUGAUUUUAUGAGAUAGAGGAUCCUAUCAUUUCUGCAAGAGAUAUUUUCAGGACAUUCUUGAGAUAUAUUGAGGGCAACACUAUUCCGAAUAGAUAUUCAGGACACGACCAUUUCUGAGAGAUAUUCAGGACAUCACCAUUUCUGAGAGAUUAUCAGAACACAACUUUUUUGAGAGAUAAUUAGGACACCACUAUUUCUGAGAGAUAUUCAGGACACCAUUCCUGAGCGAAUAAAAUGGAUCGUAUAAAUGUAAGUCGUUUGUCAUUUCGACGCAAAGGGAGUCACAAAAAGGAUAAACAUCGACAAGAACAUUUCGAAAACAGCAGUGAGGAUAUACCAAGGAUCAAAUACAUCAGUCAGACUGAAGCUCAGAGCAUUGAUCAACAGCUGUUUACGGAAUAUGCCUUCAGUGUUGACCAACUUAUGGAACUGGCCGGUUAUAGCUGCGCCGUUGCAAUAGCGAAGUGUUAUCCCGUCGAAGAGAUGACAAAAGACAACCACGCCGUGUUGGUUUGUUGUGGUCCGGGAAAUAACGGAGGGGAUGGUUUGGUGUGUUCGAGACAUCUUAAAAUGUUUGGCUACAAGCCGACCAUUUUCUACCCGAAGCGGCCAUCCAAACCCCUGUUCGAAGCGUUGUAUCAGCAAUGUGAAGGGAUGGGCAUGCCUGUUUUAUCUUUCUUCCCAUCAGAAGCUCACCUUAUAACCGACUCGUACAACUUCGUUGUUGAUGCCUUGUUUGGAAUUAAUUUUAAAGCCCCCGUGAGACCGGAAUUUGAACCAGUCAUGGAGACGCUGAAAAAGGUUGAGUCCCCCAUUUGCAGCAUUGAUGUCCCCUCAGGAUGGGACAUUGAAAAAGGCAACGCUAACGGUCUACAACCCGAAAUGCUUAUCUCGCUAACUGCUCCUAAACUGUGUGCUCACCUUUUCAAAGGAAAGCAUCACUAUCUUGGCGGGAGAUUCGUUCCGCGUACGUUGGAGCAGAAAUACGAGCUGAACCUGCCGCCUUAUCCUGGUACUGACUGUGUGGUCGAGUUAAAGGAUUCUCAAGAUGACGGCAACGCCUAGUGUCUUCUAUGACACCGGAAACAGUCGUCUAUUGUCUGUGUGCAUUUCUUUUUAAUUGCUAGCUUUGUUCUUUCAUUUUGUCUUGAGAAGUAUAAUAAUUUAUCAUAUGUGAACAACGGAGAAAGCGAUAUAUCGAUACAUUUCUACGAGUAAGCUAAGUGUUGAUUAAAAAGAAGUUAUCAAGUUUACGGCAUAAGGAUAUGCGAUAUUUUCAGUUGCCAUUGUAUGAUGUAAUGCAGAUUUUAUAUGUGUCAAUUUUUAUCAGAAAGAAAUACGACAUUAAAUUCAGUGAGUUAAAUUUAUAAAGUGACCUAUUUUAUUUUCGCCUUUUUUUAAA